GGAGUUCGGCGCAACUUCCUAGCUUUGAGCAAAGAGUAUAGAAGAACAAUAUAAGUUAUUUGCUUUGAAUAACCCCAUCUCAUCCAAGCAUACAGCAAACAUUUCCGCUGUGACAUUAAUGAUUGAUGAAGUUGAUUGGCUGAGGAUUUUUCAGUGUAAAAAAAGUCGAAUAUUUCCUUUCAGUUUUCAUAACUAGGUUGAGUCAUGACUACUGAAGGGAAAGGGGGGGGUCGGUAAAUCCCACGCACGCGCAGUAGAUUUCACUAUAGCUCGGGAAAGUCACAUCCCAGCUGAGUGCAGCAACUAGCCGGAGGCGUGCCUAAACAUUUGCAUGUCUCCCGCUACAUAUACCGGGUAACCAGCCGCUGUUCUUAUUAUCCGUUUCUGAGAAGCAACGAUACAAUGCCUGAGCCAGCAAAGUCCGCGCCCAAGAAGGGCUCCAAGAAAGCCGUUUCCAAGACUGCCGCAAAGGGCGGGAAAAAGCGCAGGAAGUCCAGGAAAGAGAGCUACGCCAUCUACGUGUACAAGGUACUGAAGCAGGUCCACCCCGACACCGGCAUCUCCUCCAAGGCCAUGGGAAUCAUGAAUUCCUUCGUCAACGACAUUUUCGAGCGUAUCGCCGGAGAGUCGUCUCGCCUGGCUCACUACAACAAGCGAUCAACCAUCACCUCCAGGGAGAUCCAGACCGCUGUCCGCCUUCUGCUCCCCGGUGAGUUGGCCAAGCACGCCGUGUCCGAGGGCACCAAGGCCGUGACCAAGUACACCAGCUCUAAGUAAACGGGCUCUCUUUCAAAUUCACCCCAAAGGCUCUUUUAAGAGCCACCCACUGGUCUCUACAAUUGAGGAAGUCCAUCGCACUUGUUUGAAUGUUUCUAUAUUGCUGCAUGGUAUGUGAAACAACUAUUGACUGCCGUGAACAGACAAGUUAUUCUGCAAACUAAACAAACACAGUACAGUGUUUCAAUAAUUUAAGGACGGUGCAAUAGUAACAUCACGAUUCCUCAAUAACAAUUGUCUUUGCAGUAUGCCUUUGUAGCCCAGGUUAAUCACAUAAUGAUCGAUACAUUUGCUUAUCAUAGAUCAUUCUUUCAACAUAUGUAAAUAUUCAAUAAGUGCAUAAAAUGGCAGUUUUUUUAAUUAGUAAUCAUGUACCGACGGCAACUGUUGCAGCUGUGUAGAAUCUCGUGGCUGCAAUGUCAUCGGGCGCGAGACUUCAGCGUCCUGUGUGGCGCGAAUGGAGAGGGACGCGACUCAUUUCAUAGUAAAGGUUCAAAUCAUACCCACCACUGUAAAUCAACUCAAAUUAGGCUAUGUAUAGGCCUAUUCUAAAGCCAUGAUUGGUUGGUGUUGAGUAAAGCAAUGAGUGUUUGCACAUGUGAGGAGUUAGAGUAAGCAGAGCCUGUUUAAGGCACUGAUGAAUUAUUGUGGCAUUUUGAUUGGUUAUGUUUGAAAAAGGAAAUCAAUGCUUCCUGUUAGAAUUGUGUGUGUUACGUGGAGAAUUGUGUGUUGUGUUUUGCAAAAAGUGUUUUAUGAAAUUGAAAACUUGAGUCAAAGGCCCAAAAUGUGCAUAUGAUUUUGAAGAUUUGAGGUGUAGUUCUGGAGUUUGAGUGUCAGGUUUAUGAAAUUGUGUGAAAAGUAAGGAAUUUGUGUCUAAGCAUUUGAAAAAAAACUAAGUACCGAUACUAGAAAAAUCUACAGUAAGAAAGUAUUUGUACUUUGUUACUUCCCAUCUCUGUUGACUAGGAAAGUGCCACAUGCAUGAAACUUACUCUGCUUACUCAUACUAGUCCCCUCAAUGUACAGUAAGAAUUUUUUGAUACUGGGUUAUACAGAACAUAAAUUACAUGGGGGUGCAUUUUAGGGCAGGGUAUUUAGGGUAUUAUGUCUUGCCAAAAAAUUAAGCAACAGCAAAGAAAACGUUGCACUCGAUCAAAUUCAAGAAUCUUGCUUUCUUGACUUUUCUAGAUCUGUGUGUUUGGUCACCAAGUAUUUAAAAUGGUUUGUU